CAGCGGAGCUGCAGCCCGCCACAGCUAGCGGCUUCACGUUUGGUGCCGCUCCGGUGUUUGGUAGCAGCGCUCCCAAGGCCGAUGCAGCUGCGCCCGCCGCUACCCCAGACGCCAGCACGGCGGCCCCUGCCAGCGCAUCAACGGGCUUCACCUUCGGUUCGGGCGCUGCUGCUGCCCCGGCCUUUGGUAGCGCUGCUGCUGCCCCAGCGUCCGCUCCUGCUACCACCGUAAGUGCCCCCGCAGCGGCGCCCCAAGCGUCCCAACCUCCGGUGUUUGGCUCAGCUGCACCCUCGUUUGGAUUUGGGUCCACCACCCCGGCAGCGGCAGCCCCGGCAGCCUCGGGCCCAUCGUUUACGUUUGGAGCAGCGCCUUCCAGCACACCUGCGGCCAGCUCAACUCCCACAUUCACUUUCGGAGCGGCAGCCAGCGCUCCUGCUGCGGCCGCCCCAGCUGCGGCACCCGCUGCUGCCACCGGCCUAGCUUUCACCUUUGGGGCCGGCAGCUCCGCAGGCGGGGCCUCAACGGCUGCCCCAGCAAGCUUUGGGUCUCCUUUGCCCGCCUCCGUUGCCUCAGCUGCGCCGACCUUCGGUGCCGCUCAGCCUGCAGCAGGCGCCGCUGGUGGCUUUGGCUCGGUUGUCUUCGGUGCAGCUUCCGCCGGGUCCUCGAGCUUCGCUUUUGGGGAUCAGUCUGCUGGUAGCAGUGGCGGCUUUGGAGCGCAGCCGAGUGCUACCGGCUCGGCCUCAUCCUUUUCGUUCGGUGCGGCUUCUUUCGGCGCCAAUACGCCAACUCCGACAUUUGGUGCUCCAGCGGCCUCCUCCCAGCCCGCCUUCGGCGCCGCCGCGCCUGCUCCCACCUUCGGCUCCUCCGCACCGGCCAACCCUUUCGCAGCAGCUGCACCCAGCUUCGGUGCGCCGGCUGCUCAGCCUGCACCGGCGUUCGGUGCCGCACCGUCCGCGCCGGCUCCUGGCUUCGGAGCCGCUGCUCCUGCUCCCACACCUUCCUUUGGUGGUUUCGGGGCUCCUGGCAGCUCCGGCGGCGCCGGCUUCGGAUCGCAGACCAGC